GUUGCGACAGAUGCAGGAAUGCCUCCUCUGUCAACAAAAAGAACCUUUCAUUUAAAGGUCUCUGAUGUGAACGAUAAUGCCCCGGUUUUUCCACGAGGUGUUUACAGCGCAUUUAUUCCAGAGAAUAACUCUCCAGGCGUUUCUGUUCUCACUGUGAGAGCUAAAGAUCCUGAUGAAAACCAAAACGCCCGAAUAUCGUAUAUUUUGGAAGAUACUAAUACCGGUGGAUCUCCAGUUUCUGAGUAUGUUUCUAUAAAUGCAGAAAGUGGAGUGAUACAUGCAGUUCGCUCGUUUGAUUAUGAGCAAAUCAAACAGCUGGUUUUCAUUGUCAAAGCGCAGGAUGGAGGUUCACCUCCACUCAGUAGCAAUGUGACUGUUAAAAUACUGAUCCACGACCAGAACGACAACCCUCCUCAGGUUCUGUACCCAGUCCAGACUGGUGGCUCUCUGGUGGCUGAAAUGGUGCCUCGUUCAGCAGAUGUGGGCUAUCUGGUGACUAAAGUGGUGGCUGUUGAUGUGGACUCUGGACAGAAUGCCUGGCUCUCCUAUAAACUGCAGAAAGCCACAGACAGGGCGCUGUUUGAAGUGGGCUUACAAAAUGGAGAAAUAAGAACUAUCCGCCAAGUGACUGAUAAAGAUGCAGUGAAACAAAGACUGACUGUUAUAGUGGAGGACAACGGGCAGCCCUCUCGUUCAGCUACAGUCAUUGUUAACGUGGCGGUGGCGGACAGCUUCCCUGAAGCGACGGUCUGCCAGAUCCGCUACUCUGUCCCCGAGGAGAUGAGGAAGGGCUCCUUUGUAGGAAAUGUGGCUGAAGAUUUAGGUCUCGACGCUAAAAGGCUGAAAUCAGGCGGUGCCCGAAUUGUUAGCGGUGAUAACAGCGAGUACAUUAAGCUUGAU